CGAGAUGUUUGUGAUUUUAGUAACAUUGAUGAGCCUUGCACUGGCAUUUACGUAUUACGUUUACAAAGCAAAUUUUAGUGAAUGCGUUAAAUAUAGUGGCAAACUUGGUGGGCCUGUCGCAUAUCCGUUGAUUGGAAAUGGGCUUUUAUUUGCUGGCAAAACUCCCACUGGAUUUUUUCAGACAUUCGAUAUGCUGAUCCAGCAAUACGGCAAGUGCUUUCGGUUGUGGCUGGGAACGAAACUGCUGAUCGUUAUCACCGACCCGAAGGACGCAGAGAUAUUGUUGAGUAGCACCAAGUACAUCGAAAAGUCAGACGAGUACGAUCUUGUGAGACCGUGGUUGGGCGAUAGUCUGCUGACCAGCAAGGGUCGAAAAUGGUUUACACAUCGGCGCGUGAUCACUCCGACCUUUCACUACAAGAUAUUGGAACAGUUUGUAAGGAUUUUCGACCAGCAAAGCACUACUUUCAUUGCGGUGCUCAAACCAUACGCUGACUCAGGAAAAUCCGUUGACUUGUUCCGACCGAUUACGUUGUGCGCAUUGGAUGUUAUUUGUGAAAGUGCCAUGGGUACAAAGUUGAAUGCUCAGUUGAACGCUGAAUCGGAGUACGUUAAAGCCGUUAAAGACAUCACGCUUUUAAUUCAGUAUCGACUAUUUAACUUCCUUAUUCGUUACGAUUUUUUCUAUCGCUUCUCGUCGAAUCGCCGUAAGCAACAAGCGGCACUCAAGGUACUCCACGGUUACACCGACAGUGUCAUUAAAGGCCGACGUGAGGAACUUCAUCGGUUGCACAAAGAAGUGACCGGAGGCGUUAUCGAAAAUGAAUUGGGCAUUAAAAAUAAAGUAGCGUUCUUAGACAUGCUCCUACAGUCGACAAUCGAUGGACAGCCGUUAAGUGAUCUUGAAAUCCGCGACGAAGUGGCCACAUUUAUGUUUGCCGGGCAUGACACAAUAACAUCGGCAACCAGCUUCCUAUUGCAGAGUUUAAUGAAGCAUCCCGAUGUUCAGCGGAAGGCUUUCGACGAGAUCCGCACUGUUGUGGGCGAUGAUCGAACUGGUCCAAUUACGAUGACAAUGUUGAACGAUAUGCACUAUCUGGAUCUCGUCAUCAAGGAGACGCUUCGGAUGUUCUCUCCGGUGCCAAUGUUUGGGCGAAAGAUGUCGGAGAACGCGGAAAUCAAUGGAAAAAUAUUCCCGGCUGGUUCGAAUGCCAUGAUCAUGUCUUACUUCAUGGGGCGUAACCCUGAGUUCUACCCAAAUCCGGAGAAGUUUGAUCCCGAACGCUUUAAUAUUGAAACGACGGCGGAAAAGACGAACCCGUACCAGUACCUACCGUUCAGCGCAGGACCUCGGAAUUGCAUUGGACAGAAGUUCGCUGUGCUGGAAAUCAAAAGUAUCACCAGCAAAUUAUUGCGUUACUACGAGCUUUUGCCUCCUCUUGAACAGUACGAUGAGAGUUUUACUUUUGAAUUAAUCACGCGUCCCGCGAAGGGUGUUUUUGUUCUGUUAAAGCCCAGAUUGAGCCGUGAGAACGAGUGCUGGCUGCGCGACCUCGACAACGCUGUGGGGACGCCACCCCAGCAUGCCGUACCAGACCAUGCAGCAAGCGUCCCGGAAAAUGGCCGUCCGUCUGCCCUCCGGUACGCGACAGUACCGCAGCCACCUUAUGCAAUGCCACCGGCGCUGGCCACGAAUGAAGUAAGCGCUAUCCAGCGCACGGAGCAACAGCGACAGGCGGCAAAGCAGCAGCUCUCGCACUCGACGCAUGCGCCGGAUUCCAGCCGCAAUGCCGCACGCGCCGCCAGGGAUGAUACUAUCCUCUCCGACGAGAUCCGACCGAUCGAGGAUCGACAUCCUCGAGAGACUCAGCAAGCUACAGUCCCGGAAGCCAUCCUGCACCGUUCGCCUGCAUUCGGGGCGUCGAAACCGUGCCAUUCAGCUACCGAUACAGCUCCGACGCUGGACCCGACCAUUCGAGAGCAUCACAUCAGUGCGGUUCCUCGGGUCGGCAAGCAGUUCCAGAUGGUGUUCUGCGGUGCCGACAAAUCCAUCAUCUUCCACCACUACCAGAACGACGUGUUCCUGCGCGACGACAACGGCUCGGGCAAGAACACGCUCUACCACAUGGAGGUAGACAACAACUACAAGCACAUCCUGACCGCGUACCAGGAUAUGAACAUACGUGUGUACAACACGCGGAACGCGAAACACACGAAAAGGUUCAAGGGCUCGCACUCGGACGAGGGCAGCCUGAUCAAGGUGAGCCUCGACCUGAGCGGCAUCUACAUCGCCACCUCUUGCACGGACAAGACGCUGAGCGAGUACGACUACUGCUCGAACGAGUGCAUGGCGCGAAUGUACGGCCACAGUGAGCUGAAGACGGGGCUCAAGUUUACGAACGACUGCAAGUAUCUGAUAUCGGCCAGUGGCGACGGGUGUGUGUUCAUCUGGCAGGUGCCACACGAUAUAAUCGUCACGAUGCAGGCGCGUCCCGCGCAGCAGACGCUCCGUUCGGGCCACCAGCCGAUCCCCCGCAUGCUCCGACCCACCAACGCCGUUACGGAUGCCAUCCUGAACCAACCGCCGCUCCGGGGACCGCCGUCAGGUACCAGGAACGCGUCGGGCGAGUAUGGCUCAUCACAGAACGACACUCUGUCGUUCCAGCUCGCAGACCCGGCCCCGGCUGCGCCUGGGUAUCGCCUUGCCGAAGUCGGCCAGCUGCCACACUGGGCCAAACGCAAGUCGUCCAAAGAUCAUUCAAAGUCAUCCGUCCUCGGCCGCAACAUCUUCGGUGUCAUCGCCACGAAACCGCGUGGCCGGUGGAGUCAAAGGGGGCGGCUGGAGGAACCGCCUGAUCCACGCAACAUCGUCGACCGUCCGUUGAACGCGACGCACACCACCAGCAGCGACCAGCAGUCGGGGUCACAGAAGGACCACCCUUCGCCCGCGAACAACACACCGAUGUACGGACACAACAGUAGCAGCUCGAAGGACAUCCAUUGCAGCAACGCUUACCUCAGCGAGGGCAGCUCGAUCGACAGUAGCCAGAAGAAUCGGAGCGACCCGGGGAUGCCGUUACUGCAGAAAAAACUGAUGGUCGAUGCAAAGGCGCUGCACAGUCCGAACUCGGAUUCAAGCACCAAGCACGACGGUGACGUGGAGGACAUUUCGGAUAACGAACGAACGAACUCCGACCACGGUAUGAUGUACUACCCAUCAGCAAGUCCGUCCACACCGACGGACUUUAACAUCAACGACGCGGACACGAACGAGCUCCGCAAAUCGAUUCGACGACAGAAGCUCGAAAAGCAGGGCCUCGGCAUAUCGGCCCAGCCGCAGAGUGCGGCACCCGGCAUCGAGACUGGGACCGGCGCCGGCAAUUCAGACGAUGAGGACAAAGACUCGACACCGAGCGGUAACAAUGCCGAUCGCUCGCUCCGCAGCUCCACACUGCGGCGGCAGCUCCAGGAGCAGCUCGCAGCAAACGUCGUCCGGCUUUCUACAAGCCGUCCUCAUUGGUUCGGGCAACCUGUCCGACUGAAAACGAUCACAAGCAUGCGAAGUACGAGCGCCAUCCACAACAAUGAUCCGAAGACCACGACGAGCAACGAUAAACACAUCGCGCGGAUUGUUGAGGCAACCGGCCGUAAAAGUAGCGGUAUUGGACGUCGGCAUAUAAUCGAUUUUCUUACCACGCUCAAGACUAAGUACGGAAACCUCUUCCGUGUCUGGGUUGGCCACCGUUUGGCGUUGUUCUCCACCAACGUACAGUACAACGAAACAGUCCUAAGCAGCCAGAAGCUGAUUCGGAAGAGUGAACUAUACAAGUUCCUCGUACCAUGGCUCGGAAAUGGGCUGCUGCUCAGCACCGACCAGAAGUGGUUCAACAAGCGCAAAAUUCUCACGCCGGCGUUCCACUUCAAGAUCCUCGAACAGUUCAUCGAGGUGUUCGAUAAGCAGAGCCAUGUGCUGGUUGAUCGGCUCCGUCCGGAAGCAACCGGGAAGCUGGUCAACAUCUAUCCCUACGUGGCACUGGCUGCGCUCGAUAUUAUCUGCGAAACGGCCAUGGGAACGUCAGUGAAUGCGCAAACCGAUGCUAAUUCAUCCUACGUGAAGGCGAUCACCGACCUAAGUCUUUUGCUUACCGAACGUUUCGUGAAAGUGUGGCAACAAGUUGACUUCUUGUUCAACCUAUCGCCGGAUAAACGGCGGCAGGACGAGAUCAUCAAGGAAGUGACCAUGUUGGUGCCGUUUGUUUUAACAUUUGUAUUACUAUUUUUGUUGCGGUACAUCGCUCACGAUUGGGCGACAAAAAAAUCGAUCCAUAUUUCCGGACCCGACCCGGUACCAAUACUGGGAAAUGUACUGAUGUACCUUGGCCAGAAUCCUUACGAUAUAAUCGAUUUUCUUACCACGCUCAAGACUAAGUACGGAAACCUCUUCCGUGUCUGGGUUGGCCACCGUUUGGCGUUGUUCUCCACCAACGUACAGUACAACGAAACAGUCCUAAGCAGCCAGAAGCUGAUUCGGAAGAGUGAACUAUACAAGUUCCUCGUACCAUGGCUCGGAAAUGGGCUGCUGCUCAGCACCGACCAGAAGUGGUUCAACAAGCGCAAAAUUCUCACGCCGGCGUUCCACUUCAAGAUCCUCGAACAGUUCAUCGAGGUGUUCGAUAAGCAGAGCCAUGUGCUGGUUGAUCGGCUCCGUCCGGAAGCAACCGGGAAGCUGGUCAACAUCUAUCCCUACGUGGCACUGGCUGCGCUCGAUAUUAUCUGCGAAACGGCCAUGGGAACGUCAGUGAAUGCGCAAACCGAUGCUAAUUCAUCCUACGUGAAGGCGAUCACCGACCUAAGUCUUUUGCUUACCGAACGUUUCGUGAAAGUGUGGCAACAAGUUGACUUCUUGUUCAACCUAUCGCCGGAUAAACGGCGGCAGGACGAGAUCAUCAAGGUUCUACAUGAUUUCACCACCAAAAUCAUUCACUCGCGUCGCCAAGAGCUGGCCGUGCGUGGCGUAUCGGAAGCGGAUGACGAUGCUGACAUUGGAACGAAACGACGAAUGGCGUUCCUAGAUGUGUUGCUACAGUCCACGAUCGAUGGGUGUCCGCUCACGGACCAGGAGAUUCAGGAAGAGGUAGACACGUUUAUGUUCGGGGGACACGAUACGACGACCAUUGCGAUUUCAUUUACUUUGCUACUGCUUGCCCGUCAUCCAGAAGUUCAGCAGAAGCUUCACCAAGAGAUUGUAGAGAUCGUGGGCAAUGAUUUGAAGGCACCGGUAACGUAUCGUAAUCUUCAAGACAUGAAGUACCUGGAGAUGAUUAUUAAGGAGUCGCUGCGGCUCUAUCCUCCGGCGCCGAUCAUUGCCCGACGUUUCACGGAGGAUGUUGAUUUAGGUGGAACUAAAGUUCCGGAAGGAUCCAACUUCAACAUCGGUAUAAUGCACACUCAUCGUGAUCCUAGCAUUUUCCCUGAUCCAGAACGGUUCGAUCCAGAGCGAUUUGCACCGGAUCGCUUGUUGGAACAAACCAGUCCUUACGCAUACGUUCCUUUUAGUGCAGGACCGAGGAAUUGUAUUGGCCAAAAGUUUGCUAUGCUGGAGUUGAAGAGCACCCUUUCGAAGGUUAUACGCAACUUUAAGUUAACAACGGCUGGCCCGGAACCAAAGUUAACGAUGCAACUGACACUCAAACCAAAAGACGGACUAUUAUUUAUCGGAUUUGUUCCCCGGGUGUAG